CAUACAGGGUAGUUGCCCCAAGGCCGACCCUGAAAGACAGAAAGAAACCACCUGAGAAACACUCAAAAGGGAGGCAUUUUCGCUUAGAGAGGACGUCUGUGUGCAAUGGCUGCAGCAGCAGGGUCGGCUGCGACGUCGUCGUUUUCGGAAGAGGAACUCACACUCACAGUGAAAUGGAGCGGGAAGGAAUACACAGUCCGACUUUGCGGGGAUGACUCGGUGGGCGAGUUGAAACGGCGAAUCUGCCAACUCACCAACGUGUUGCCCAAGCGCCAAAAGCUUCUGUACCCAAAACUCGUCGCUUCGAAACUCGCCGAUGACUCAGUCUUGCUCUGUCAACUCCCCCUGAAGUCGUCUCUCAAGAUGACUAUGAUUGGUACUGUUGAAGACGAGAUAAUAGUGGAUCAAGUUGAGUCUCCGGAGGUUGUUGAUGAUUUUGAGAUUGGCCAAGAUGAAGCUCUUCAUAUUAAAGAUAGAGCAGUUAAUAAGCUGAAAUUGAGGAGGCGUAUAGAUCAAUACAAGAUUGAACUCCGGAAUCCAUGCCGUGAAGGAAAGAAACUGCUUGUUUUGGAUAUUGAUUAUACUCUGUUUGAUCACCGUUCCACAGCAGAGAACCCACUUGAGCUUAUGCGGCCUUAUCUUCAUGAAUUUCUUACAGCUGCCUAUGUGGAGUAUGAUAUCAUGAUAUGGUCUGCGACAAGCAUGAAAUGGGUUGAAUUGAAAAUGGGACAGCUUGGAGUACUUGACAAUCCCAACUACAAAAUCACAGCUCUUCUUGAUCAUUUGGCUAUGAUCACAGUUCAAUCAGAAUCUCGUGGGAUCUUUGAUUGCAAGCCACUAGGCUUGAUUUGGGCUCAAUUUCCUGAAUUCUACAGUUCGAAAAAUACUAUAAUGUUUGAUGAUCUGCGAAGAAAUUUUGUGAUGAACCCUCAAAAUGGGUUGACAAUCAAGCCAUUCAAGAAGGCUCAUUCCAACCGUGAUGGUGACCAUGAGCUUGUGAAGCUCACCCGUUACUUGCUUUCCAUUGCUGAACUCGAGGACUUGAGUGAGUUAGAUCAUAGCAGCUGGUCAUCUUUCACGGAGGACAAUGGGAAGAGACGUAGACAUGCAUGAAUACCAUUACCAGCUUUUAGAUUCCAAUUUGUCGCCUGAUAUCCACUGUGGACAAAUUCAUUAUUUAAAAGGCUCUGUAAAAAUCCUAUUGAAUUUGACCCUGAAAUUUCUUGUGCAGUGGGAAAACUGUGUGGUGUAUUAUAGGAAUAUCCAUAUAUCCGAGUUUGCAUAUUUACAUGUAAAACCUAAAAGUUCUUAGGUCUCCAACAUUCCACAAUUCUUCAACAGAAUGGUAGCCGUGGAAUAUGAUCUUUUCUUUUUAACUUUUUUCCAUGUCUUUUUCUAAAUGGUUUUUUGGUAAUAGUCUUUUUCAAUGGUUGUGAUUAAAGCUUUUAGCAUAGAGAAAUGAUAAGAGACUUUUAUAUGUGUAUAUAUAUAGUUUUGAUCUGUUAAUGAUUUUUGUUAUUUACUUUGA